AUGGCUACCAUCUGUGAAAGAUGCAAAGUUCUUGAGAAACAAAAGUACUGGGAAGAGUUUGACAAACAACACAAGUUUUUCAAGAUAAUGAUCAAUGAUUUCAGGCGUAGAUUGCGCAUUCCACAAAAGUUUGUGACUUGUUUUAAGAACAGUCACAAACUGUUAGGCCAGAAGAUUCUAACAGGUCCAAGUGGCAAUACAUGGUUAGUUGAAGUUGUUAGAACAGAGGAGGAUGAUUAUGUUUUCUGUAAUGGCUGGGAAGUAUUUGUCAAAGAUCAUUGCUUGGAAGAUGCUGAUAUGUUGGUGUUCAAAAUGGAUGGUUUUUCAGCUUUUGAUGUCAUGAUUUUUGAUGCAAGUGCUUGUGAAAAAGAGACUACUUUCUUUGUCAAGAAAAAUAGGAACCCUUGUAAACAUCCAGAUGAAGUAACAGAUGAACAUACAACUGAGCAACAGAGUAGUGAAGAUGAAACUUCAAAUGAGGAUGAUGAUACGGAUGAGGAGGAAAACAUACAAGAGCCUACGAGAGGGCGCAAAUCGUCGCGUGGAAAACAGUAUCAGUUCCAGUCACUUCAGUCUAGUAAAGGGAAGAAAAUGAAGAAAAUCUUGGUAGCCAAGCAGGACAAUAGGAAAAGGAAGUGUACACCUAUGUCAUCUCGCAAGAAAAAUGUUGAACCUGAGGAAAAAAGGCCUAUGUUCUCAAGCAGACGCCGGGUUCUGGAGAAAGAGAAGAUGAAAGUUCAUCAACUGGCGUCAAGACACACAUCUUCUGUGCCUUCUCUUCUGAUGACAAUGCAGCCCACACAUGUCUACAUGGGUCAACUGAAACUCCCAAAGGAAUGGGCACAAAAGAACAUGAGGAAGAAAUCUGAGACGAUUACUCUGAGAAUCCCUUCAAGUGGAAGAACGUGGUCGGCCUCAAUUCGUUGCAGAAUGGAAGGACUGGUGAUUCAGUCAGGUUGGGAUGAUUUUGCUAUGGAUAAUGAUUUGGAGGAGUUCGAUAUUUGUGUAUUCGAGCUUGCUCAAGGAGGAAAACACGACUCAAAGCCAGUUAUUUUAGAUGUUUACAUAUAUCCUGUUGAGAAUGAGAUCAUGAGACCACUCUAG